AUGGCAGCGGUAGCUGCGUCAGGCUCUGGGAUUCCACCCAACUCUACGUAUGUGCGCAACCUAGAGGAACGCGUUAAGAUAGACGACUUGAAAGAUGCCCUAUCAGAAAUAUUCUCCGAAUAUGGCAAUGUUCUCGAAAUUGUUGCAAAGAAAAAUCUAAAGGCGAAAGGCCAAGCCUUCAUUGUAUUCGAUAACGUCGAGUCUGCGCAGAAGGCAAUCGAAGAAGUCAACGGAUUCGAUCUCCUCGGCAAGCCUAUGGUAGUUGAUUUUGCAAAAACAAGGAGCGAUGCGACGGUACUACGAGAGAGUGGGCAUGAUGAAUUAGAAGUGCACAAACGGAGGCGUUUAGCUGAGAAAGAAAGGAAGCAAGCUCAGGAAUCCCUCGAGGCGCAGAAGAAACUGAAGCGCCCUGCCAACGUUGUGCCUAUUCCUGCUGAAAGUGGGCGACCGGCGAAGACAACUCGCGGAGCAGGACUCAAAUCCUCCAACGCAGCAGCAACUGCAGUUGUUCCAGACGAAUAUCUACCCCCCAACAAGAUUCUCUUUUUACGAGACCUUCCAGACGAUGUCGACUCGGAAUCCCUUACUGCUAUCUUCGGUGGCUUUGAAGGCUUUCGCGAGGUGCGUUUGGUACCCGGCCGGAAGGGUAUUGCAUUUGUUGAAUAUGAGAACGAAGCGGGCGCUAUUAGUGCGAAAGAAGCAACAUCUGGAAUGCCAAUGGGACCUAGCAAUAAAUCUAUCCGAGUAACAUACCAACGGCAAUAA